CUUUGUGCGUUAUCUUCCGAGUAGCAGUUCAUCUCCACACGCCUCGCAUACAAUUCAUACCACAGCAGUCGGCAUGUCUAUCCCGUUCAUAAGCCGUCUGAGGGUGCUUGAGUGGCCGCAGCUGAUCUUUGGUCUUCUGCUGGUCGUGCUCGAGUCCUUCCUGCGGUUCGUGACCUCAUGGCUACCCAGUUGGAUGAUUCUCAUCUUUGAGAAGAUCACCCGCAAGAUCUACGCCACUUUCCUACCCGCGGCAACAAGGGACAGGACUGUUGUUCACCAGAUCUACGAAGCACCCGAUUUCGUCAAUCUGUGUGCGAUAUUCGGGUAUCGCGCUGAAGAGCACAUCGUCAUGACGCGAGAUGGGUAUCUUCUGGGCGUGCACCGGAUCUGCAAGACCAAAGCCGAGCUCGCGCGCGAGCGGUCGUCGUCUUCUGACUCGGACACUGCCGGGUCUCAGGACUCAAAGCCUAAGCCUGUGGUGUACUUGCACCACGGCCUGCUCAUGAACUCUGAGAUCUGGGUUUGCUUGACCGAAGCCCAGCGAUGUCUACCCUUCAUCCUCGUCGAGCUCGGCUACGACGUCUGGCUGGGAAACAACCGCGGCAACAAAUACUCAAAGAAGCACGUAACUCACAGUCCUGAGGAGAACAAGUUCUGGGACUUUUCGAUGGACGAAUUCGCGCUCUACGACAUCCCAGACACGAUCGACUACAUCCUCGACACGAGCGGACAGAGCUCGCUCGCCUACAUUGGCUUCUCGCAGGGAAGUGCGCAGGCGUUUGCUGCACUGAGCUUGCAUCCGAAGUUGAAUGAUAAAGUCAAGGUUUUUGUUGCGCUGGCACCUGCUAUGGCACCGCACGGGCUUCGCAUCGGCAUCGUCGACGCAUUGGUGAAGGCCUCGCCGACGCUCAUGUAUCUCUUCUUUGGAAGGAAGGCUAUUCUGUCCAGUGCUAUUUUCUGGCAGUCAAUUAUGUACCCGCCCCUCUUCGUACGGCUGAUUGACUCAUCGCUUAUUUUCCUCUUUGACUGGCACGGCGACAACAUCACGCUACAUCAGAAAAUCGCUUCGUACGCGCAUCUGUACUCGUUCGCGUCAGUGAAGACUGUGGUGCACUGGUUCCAGAUCAUGCGCCACCGCUGCUUCCAGAUGUUUGACGACGACCUGAGCACGCCGCUACGCUUGUACGGGAACGCAUUCUACAAGGUCGCGCAGUUUCCGACGAGGAAUAUCAGAUCACCGAUUUACCUGAUUUACGGCACAAAGGACUCGCUUGUCGACAUUGAUACGAUGCUGGACGAGCUCCCCCCGCAUGCGACCGCGAUCCCGGUCGAAGGCCAUGAGCAUCUUGAUAUUAUAUGGGGUGCCGACGUGGGUAAAGUCGUGAUCCCUCACGUGCUGCGCAUUCUGGGCAAAUACUAUGACGUCGAGCAUGACUUGGACGACGAGUAUACGAAUCUAGAGGCGCUCAAGCUGGAAAAGACGAGCUCGAACUCGUCGACGUUGUCGUUUGCGCACACGACGACCAGGAUGUCAAUUUCGCGGUCGUUGUCGGGAGUUUCGAGAGCUGGUAAACCGCGUCCGUCAGCGUUGUCGAAAGAAGUAGCAGCUGCUAAUGAUGAGGGAACAUUGCCGUCUGAAACUGUGGAAGAUUAUAUACAGAAGGAGGAGAACGGCGAGCGGCACGAGCAAUCUUCAGAUGGCGACGAUGCAAGCGCACACACGUACGAGACCGCAUCAAAUUUAUCGGAAUCGGCGAGUUCAUCAGAGACCGUCACGGAUACUGUCACAGUUGUUCCAUUGCCACCUCCAUCACCGCCUAUAUCUAAUUCGUCGCGGGCAGCGGGACGACACCGAAGCUCGUCGAUUAGAUCGAGCUCGAUACCACGGACGAUGUCACCUGAUACCCGCACGCCACUGCAUAAAACCGCGAUUCUUAGCCAUGCGCAGGCCGAGGGGGGUAAUGGGAUCGUGCUAGGAGCCGCUGAGCCGGUGACGGGCGUGGUUGUUCCGGGCGGAGGUGGACGUACGGUUGUGCGUGAGCGAAGGAGACGGAUGUCGCUAGCGAUGGCGGCCCCUGAGCCGAUUGACGAGACGGCAACGCGUGAGGCCGACAAGGACGAAGAGAAUAACGCGAAAGAGAAUCAGAAGCAGGUGUCGUUUGGAAAGAAGAUAGAGCUGACGGGGGAGAAGAUCAAAAGAAGUUUUCUGGGCGCUUGAUGGAAUGGAAUUAGGUGUUUUGUGUUAAGGCUGGGCAAUUGUAUUUUGUGAAUAAUGCGGGGUUUAGUAUUUUUAGAAGAACCCAUGGCUGUAACGCGAGUUUUUCAUGGUAGCAAGUGUUGAUAGAGAUCAUCUUGACGCUACGCGUAAAUGACGCGAGCAUAUGCACGUCAGAUCAGGUUGGCUAUGCACAGACUUGGGCUGCCUUGUAGGACAUGCACGCUACAUACUACGCGUCGAGAGCUGUCACGGUCGCCCUGCGCGUGUUCUGUCGAUACAUCAGAAUGGGUUGAGGUGGUGUUGAUGGAGAGCUUACGUACAGAUAGCUUGACGGCUAGGGACGAUGGAUACGUAAGCCUCCAGCGGCUCGAGACAGGAUUGCUAGUAUCGAGGGAGAAAAGAGCGCGUAGUCCAGCUGCGACAAAGACGU